AGUGUUAUGUUUAUUUUUUUUAUUUUUAGAUAUGCAUCCAUGAAAACAUGAAAUUGUAUUGAAUAGAUUGAUAUCGUAGCUAAACUGCUCGUUUUACACUUAGUGACAUGAGUCCAUAAAUGUAAAUGAUUCCUUCUCAAUUUCUGCUAGUUGUUUAUAUAAAACAAGAAGUGGUCAUUUUUCGAGGUCAGCUAUUGUGUUCUGUAUUGAUCAUUCUACAUUUUCAGUAUCCUUUCUAUGCCUUGUAGCCAUUUUGACACAAAUUCCUCGCAGCGUGCCUUAGUUACAACAUGUACGCCGUGUAGGUGCCACAGCUGAGACGUGUUCGGUUGCUAUGGGGAUCUGAGUGUUUAUCAUAAUUAGCUUAACUCUUGCAACAACCUUUGUUUAGGCGAGGACGUUUUAAAUCACACAGGACAAACGCUCCGUGAUCCAAGACGGCGAACCUGUUGUUUGCUAAUAAGCAGUGAGAAUGAUAACGUAAAGAAUGCUUGGUCGACCCGCGCACGCCAUGGAGCAAUGGAGGCAGGGCCUUUUGCAGAGGAAAUCGGAUUUACAUGUUUAAACCUGUGGACAUUGGCUGGAAGUGGGUUUAACAAUGCCAACCAUGUUAGCUGCUUAUAGACUAAAGCAGCUGAAAGAACAGGAUGAACAGAGAGUGGAGUCCAGAAGAAGAAACCUGCUUCUUCUCAUAUUGCAUUAUUUAAAUAGUGAAGGGUAUCUAGAAUCAGUCAAGUCACUGGAACAUGAAACUAACCUAAGUCUGAGGAAGUUUGAAGUGUGUGACAACAUAGACCUGGAGACUAUAUUACAGGAAUAUGAGUCGUACUUCUACAUCAAGUUCCAGAAGUAUCCAAAGAUCACCAAGAAACUUGCUUCAAGUGCUGAUAGUGCAAAUUCUAGAGUAGGUAGAGGAGGCAAGUUAAGGAGAUCAGGCAGCACUGUGUCCCUUCCCAGAAUACCUUUGGACAGGGAUAACACAGAAGACACGGGGAAGAAAGAGACGGCCUCACCCAAAAGGAGCAAGCCCAGCUCUGGGACCAGGAAACCACCGGCUGCUGCAAACAAGAAGGGUGUCGCCAAAGACUCCAAACAGCAGGAUGCUCCAGUGGGAGACUCCUCAGAUCUUGGUCUGACUGUGUCUGCUGCUCCUACCUCCAAUGGUACCAUAGGGUCAGACAAGGAGAAACCUCACCAUGAACACGGCAGGAAACAAGUUAUUGACAUGCGGUCAAUGCUUCAAGAUGCUAUCAAGGGGGCCUCCAGGGAGAUCAACAUGAACAGCUAUGAUGCUUCUUCAGACCGUCUGUUGAAACCAUUAGGUGGCUAUGUAGGAUACAACAGUGAAUGGAGAGAACUGGCACAGACUAUCAGUAGGGACAUUUACCUUAACAAUCCUAAUGUGAGAUGGGAUGACAUCAUUGGCCUGGAUGCUGCUAAAAGACUUGUUAAAGAAUCAGUUGUGUAUCCUAUCAAGUACCCACAGCUGUUCACUGGUAUCCUGUCCCCUUGGAAAGGAUUAUUAUUAUAUGGACCACCAGGUACUGGCAAGACGUUGCUGGCCAAAGCUGUAGCAACAGAGUGCAAUACAACAUUCUUCAACAUCUCAGCAUCCAGUAUUGUCAGCAAAUGGAGAGGAGACUCUGAGAAACUAGUUAGAGUAUUGUUUGAGCUGGCCAGGUUCCAUGCACCAUCUACCAUAUUCCUGGAUGAACUGGAGUCAGUGAUGGGACAGAGAGGUUCAGGUCCCUCUGGGAACGAGCACGAGGGAAGUCGUAGGAUGAAGACAGAGCUGCUGGUACAGAUGGACGGACUGGCCAAGUCUGAUGAUCUGGUCUUCCUACUGGCCGCUUCUAACUUACCCUGGGAGCUUGAUCAUGCUAUGUUGAGAAGACUGGAGAAACGUAUCCUUGUAGAUCUGCCCACCAAGGAAGCCAGACACGCCAUGGUUCAGUUUCACCUGCCCAAAACUAUCAACCAGGGCACAGGAGUGGAGAUCACCACGGAUCUCGACUACCAACAUUUAGCUGAUUGUAUGGAAGGUUACUCAGGAGCUGACAUCAGGCUGGUGUGUAAAGAAGCAGCCAUGAUGAAAGUCAGAAAAGUCUUUGAUGUGCUGGAGAACCACGGACAAGGUGACCACCUGCCAGAGUUGAAGAUCGACCCCAUCCUUACAUCAGACGUGAAGCUGGCCCUGGCUCACACCAAGCCUUCUGCACGCACACUCAAAGACAAGUAUGCUGCAUGGCAAAGAGAGUAUGAAUCUGUAUGAUUGAUUCUUUGUAACAUCUUAGUUUUAAGGACAAUAGCAACUGUUCAAAGCUAUGAUCACUAUUCCAGUUGUAUUUCAAUCACAUUGGAUGGGAACAUAAUUUAUGGUGACUUCUAUUGAUGGUUGUGCCAUCUUGCAGCUGUGCAUGUUACAUAUUAUUAAGAGAUUCCCACAGACAAUAGGCGAGUUCAAGCUUCCACAGAUCACAAAACUGUGCCUUUUCUGUCAACAUUUGAAUGUGUAGGUUGCAUUUGAAUAUGCAUAGUUAAGCGCAAAGUGCAUUCUUAUCAGACAAUCAUGUUCAAAGUACAUUUUGUACAUCCUAAUGUGAUCAGCAAGCAGUUUUUUUACAAUCUGCAGAAAUUUGAACUCGUCUAUUGGCAGCAAGCUCUUAAAAGCAAAUGCUUGACCCAUGUCUAUGGCUUUUUGACUGACUGGAAUGGUAUUCUUGGCAGUGCUUUUUAUGUUUUGCAGUGCAAGAUAGGCUGAUGUGAGACUGAAUGGUGCUGUACAUAUAUGUAUUAUGGCAGAUUUGUCACCUUUUUCUAGUGUUGCUUUAUUACAUGUAUGUGUGGUGUUAUUAGAGAGAGAUGUUGUUGCCUAGCCCAGUACCCAUCCUGUUCUCGCUCCAGCCUCUCCUCUGAUUGCUUCCAUGUCACAUUGUCUGGUGUUAAUGGAGAAUCAUUUGGCAUUACGAUAAUUGCAUCAAAUAGAUACAAGAACCCUGAUUGGUUGUACAGUCUUCUCUAUUACAGCAUAGUAACGGUGAUCAAGCAUGAAUUUGGAAGUGUAAUCCCAUUUACACUGCUUCUUAAAUUAUGAUACUCAAAAUAAUUGAUGAUGUACAUGUAAUGUUUAAAUGGGGACGAUGCCAGACCGUUUGGCAGAGAAGUGAUCACAGUGGGUAACUGGAGCCAAAAGAGGAUGGCUAGUACUAGGAAAGUUGUUGCCAUUACAUGGGUUACAAAGUCACAGAUGUGGCUAAACUAUGCUGCUAUAUUGUUUUUAUGUUGUAAUAGCUAGCUGUCUAAAAGAAGUUUUGUUUUCUAUUUAGUACACUAUGUAUUUUAUCAGUUGUUGUUAAGUUUCAGUCAUGCUGAUAGCAAGUAUUGGUAUGUUGUCAUUUUGAAAAAUGCGUAUCUUUUUUGUAUGUGAAAUUUAAAUGCUUUUGUAUUUGAAUUACAUACCAGAUUUAGUGCAUCUUUCAGGUGUUGAUAUAAUCUGUUCACAUGUAAAAUUAUUAGCACAGGACCAUUAACAUUCUAAGUAACGUUACAUGUAAGCAGAAAGAAUGUCUUACACGGUUUACUAGUAAGUUAUAUCUUUGUGGAGAAGAACUAAGAAGCAAGAAAUGUGUAACAGUAUAUUAUGUUUUGCUGGAUGGGAAUUUUUUAUCAUAUAAAUUGGUAUGGGUUAACAAAUGUAUUAUGUUAAGGAUGCAUCAUCUAUGUGGAUAAACUUUUGAGGCCUAUGUGAUUUUGGAAUUUUCGAGUCAAUUACAAAUUGACACAAGAAGUGCCUUCUACCAUGUCUACACAAAAAUCAUCUCUCACCAUGGUUUCAUCUCUGACAUCAGUGUUUUGUGUAGGUCAAUAAUUGUUUAGGACUGAAGAGGAUGUCCUGUUUACUCAUGUAUGUUGAAAAC